GAGCUGCUGCAGUGGGGGCGGGAGGUGCACGGAGGCGCUCCUAUUUCAGCCCCUGACGCGCUGCCUCUGGGGAGGAAACGGAGCUGCAAAGUCAGUCCAGCUCUGUUGUACAGGGUGCAGGGCAGAGAGAGAGCCAAUCACCGGAACGCACAGGCUCCCUUUAAGCCUGACAUAUCUACAGCAGGAACAAAUUGUCCCGACAAUCAACAUCCAAAAUCUGCAGCGGAGAGAGCGGACAUAUAAAAUAGUGCGGGGCAGGCCCGUGUGCUAACGCGGAAGGAUCGCAUCGCGGCAACGACAACAACGUCCAAAAAAAAAAAAAAAAAAAAAGACAAAUAAACAUCAGCUUUUGGAUUUUCCGAGCAGGGUGGAGUGAUGUCUAUUUUACCGUCUUUCGGCUUCACGCAGGAGCAAGUGGCGUGCGUGUGCGAGGUGCUGCAGCAGGGCGGGAACCUGGAGAGACUCGGCCGCUUCUUGUGGUCCCUGCCCGCCUGCGACCACCUCCACAAGAACGAGAGCGUCCUCAAGGCGAAGGCGGUGGUGGCUUUCCACCGGGGAAACUUCCGGGAGCUCUACAAGAUCCUGGAGAGCCACCAGUUCUCGCCGCACAACCACCCCAAGCUGCAGCAGCUGUGGCUGAAGGCGCACUACGUGGAGGCGGAGAAGCUGCGCGGUCGACCGCUCGGCGCCGUGGGGAAGUACCGCGUCAGGAGGAAAUUCCCGCUGCCGCGCACCAUCUGGGACGGCGAGGAGACCAGCUACUGCUUCAAGGAGAAGUCCCGGGGGGUCCUGAGAGAAUGGUACACGCACAACCCCUACCCGUCCCCGCGGGAGAAGAGGGAGCUGGCCGAGGCCACCGGACUGACCACCACGCAGGUCAGCAACUGGUUCAAAAACAGGCGGCAGAGGGACAGAGCCGCCGAGGCCAAAGAAAGAGAAAACAGUGAAAACAGCAACGCAGGCGGCAACAAACAGAACCAGCUGUCCCCGCUGGAUGGAGGCAAGUCUCUAAUGUCCAGCUCGGAGGACGAGUUUUCUCCCCCUCAAAGCCCCGACCAGAACUCAGCGCUUUUGCUUCAGGGCACCAUGGGCCACCCUGGGGUCUCUGCGUACGCCAUGCCCGGCCUGGGAGCCCCACAGUCGGUGCACGGCAUGCACGGACACCCGCACCAGCUGCAGGACUCCUUAUUGGGACCCCUAACCUCCAGUCUUGUGGAUUUGGGCUCUUAAAAGGGGGGGGCUGUUUUAUUUUACCACACAGAAGAGGACUGAUACAUGUAUCAGAUUGGUGUAUGAAAUAUUGUAGCCUAUAUAGACUGACUUUUCUGUCGUUAAAUUUGAUUAUAUGACAAAAUUACUUUAAGCGCUUAAAUCUGGAUAUCACCUGACAAGAGGCUUUAUUAUCUCUAAAAAAAUAAACCCACACACAAACAAGACCUAAAACUCAUUGAAACACUUAGUGGACUAUACAUAAUUUACUUAAUUUAUGGUAUUUUGUUUGAAAUAAUUAGUCAGGUCAUGUCAUUGGAUUCAAAUAAAAGUAAAAGUAAUUGGUUGUCAGCACUUUUAUUUAAUAUAUGGUAUUUUAAGUUUUUCAAAUGUAACUGUCAAUUGAAGGAAAAUCUGAAGGAUAUUUUUUUCUCUAUAAUAACAAAUAUUAUUAUGACGAAUUUAUAUUUAAAAAAUCAGUGAUUUUUCUUGGUUAAUUAUAUACAUUUCGUCAAAAAGUACAAUAGCUAGUCAUAACUUAAAUGUACACCUUAGCACCUGUGUCAACACCAUUUUUUAAAUUCAUGUUAGGUUGAACUUUUUUUUUUUUUGCAUUUGUCUACGUUUGAAAUUCUGAUGCAGCUUAUUCAGUUUUUGUUUUUUUGCUAUUGUGUUGUUUUUGCACUCACCAAGAGUUUGUUCUGUGGGUUCCGGGCCAUGGGAAAGAGUCAGCACUCAUUCUUUAUAGCAGUGGAUUUCUCAGAUGUAAAUGGCGAACAUCCUGCAGAAAAAAACAAAAAAACCAAGAAAAAAAAAACAAGAUAAAGGUCAAGUCACUGGUUGAUUAAAUAAAUACUGAAUAGAUAUCAAUGUUCUUUAAAUAGCAAAGGCACAAUUAUUUCAUCCGAAACCAUAAUGUGGGGGGAUCAAUGCAAAAAUGCUCAUAAUAUGAAUAACAACAACAAUCAUAAUCAUCAUCAUAAUAACAAUAAUAACACAGAUAAUAAUAAUAAUAAUAAAAAUGACAGUCAAACUAAUGGGAGGUGGGGAGAUAUAAUUUGAUGAAGAGGACAUAGCGCUUGUCCCCCACCCCCCAUCACACAGUCAUGUCAGGCUAAAUUGUUUUGAGCAGAGAGCACUGAGGAUUUCCUGAGCAUAAUCUAAAACAGUUGCUGUUAGCAUUACUGCGUGAUUGCAAAGAUUGCAGGGCUGCAGGGACUCAGCACCCAGCUUCAGUUUUGGGGUCGGUGGGUGGCGGGAGGGCCUCUAGCUAUUUUGCACCCUAGAGACCUGCACACAUACACAAGCCCUAAAAAGCUGCUGUCUUUGUGGUUGUUUUAUCAAGCUAAAAAUGAAAGAAUCGGUGGUGUCUCACUGCAUGCUCAAUUAAGUGCAAGAAGUAGUAUGGCAACAUAUAUUAUUAGUGAAUAAGAGGCGAAAAAAUAGCAUAAGAAAAUUUGCAGCAAGGCCUCUUGGAUCAAAUUAAGAAAAAUCAAAAUCGGUCAACAAUGAGAUAACUUGUAAAAAGUGUGUUACAGAGCUGAUGCUGAGCUCCAAUUAUGAUCCUUCCUGAACUCACACAUAUGCUCUUAUUACACCUAAAAUAUUCAGCAAAUGACUGCCCCAACCCCCCUUCAAAGUCUUAACUGAGGACACGUGAUAGUGCACAAACUUGUUUUGCUGUAUGAGGACUUAAUGUAAUGCAAUGAUAUAUGCUCUGGUGGGGAAAGGCCAUGGCUUGAAUAAAUACACCAUAAGCGAGAA